AUGGCGGCACAACAUCCAAGCUCAAGCUUUCCCGAGUAUUUCAAGAAAUUGUCGACAACAUACUCGAGGCAGACCGGAGACUCUACAUUCAAUCUGAUAUACUCGUUCUUGCAGCAUCUUCCAGAAGACGUAACCUUGAACGAGCAGUCAAUCAUCCAUGACAAUGCUGCAGGGCCAGGUACAGCCACUAUUGCAGCAAUGUCUGUCCUCAAGAAAGAACCAGCCAAGAUUGUAGUGACAGACUUUACUCAAGGCAUGAUCGACAAUAUCCAAUCGAGAAUCAACCAAGAGCAGUGGCGAAACAUUACAGCCUCCGUCAUGGAUUCUCAUGAACUCGCAUUUGCAGAUGAUGCGUUCACACUCACCAUUUGCAACGUUAGCACGUCGACUUUCAAAGACCCGUUGAAAUGCGUGCAGGAAAUGCUUCGCACUCUGCAGCCAGGCGGAGUCUGUAUCAAUUCGCAGUGGAAGAGAUUUACCGUAAGAGACAUUAUUCACAAGGCGCAAAUCAGCAUUCGGCCAGAUUCCAAGCUCUUUAAUAUGCCGCGGGCGGAGUUCUUGAAUGAUGGAGUGCUAAAAGACCUGAUGUUGGAAGCAGGCUUCGCCAAGGCUGACCAAUACGUGGAAACGACUAUCAUCAGAGACGAUGCGAUUGAGGGUCUUCGAGAGUUUAUGAGUGGUAAUUUUACGGCAUCUGCGAGGAGUGGCUGGACAGAAGAAGAGGCAGCCAUGUGGCCUGCUGCCAUUGACGCCGCGAUCGAAGAGGAGAAGGCAAAUUACGGCGGGAUCAAAAUGGAGGCUUGGAUGGUCGUAGCAAGAAAGGCAGGUUCUUGA